ACACCAUCGACGCUUGCUCUACAAUCCCAUCCCUCCCCAUUUACGAAUCCCCUGAGAUGGCUCAGCUUUCAUCUAGUUGUAUAAUUCAUCCCAGUUCGCUGCCCACCCGCGAAUCAUGGCCUGGAGGAUCGAUCGGACGGAGUCCUGGAACCGAUGGGUGGAGCAGCCAAGUCUCCAGCAAACCGCGCAUCGCCCAGUCCUUGGGCUGUUACCAUAGUAGUAUCUCCAUGGCCAUCCAUUAGGGCUUCGCUCCGUUUCUUGCCGGCAUACAGACACUUGCAUCCAUAGCAAGAGACCACUAUAUAUGCAGGCUAGCAGGGGGGCAAGCACUUAAAUUGACCGUCAUCCCCUGUCUCGCCAUCCUUCCGGUGCGCCGGCUGCUGACCGUUCUGUCUCUACCUCCCUCAAUCUCCCCCCGGAGCUCAACGCCAUGGUUGCCCUCAAGGCCCUCAGUUUGGGCCUUCUUGCGUCGCAGGCCUGGGCCGUGCCGACUGCCUCCUCCAAGGCCACCUCGACCAGCGCGUCCCCGGCAGCCUCGAGCUCCGCGGUGGCCGCUGCAGCCUCCACGGUCGAGCAAUUGGCCCGCCAGGCCUUCCAAGUCACGAUCGACAAUCUCCCCGCCAGCGCGGAGGACCGCCAGGCCUGUACCCGGGAAACCCUGCGCAUCCGUCGUGACUGGAGGUCCUUCUCCAAGGCCGAGAAGAAGGCCUACAUCCACGCCGUCCUGUGUCUGCAGGAUCUGCCCGCGCGCACGCCAUCGCAUCUAGCCCCAGGAGCCAAGACUCGAUAUGAUGACUUUCUGGCCACGCAUAUCAACCAGACGCUAGAGAUUCACUACACGGGAACCUUCCUGGCCUGGCACCGACUCUUCACCUUCGAGUUCGAGCAAGCUCUCCGCGACGAGUGCGGCUACCAAGGCGACUUUCCCUACUGGGACUGGGGUGCCGAUGCCAACGACAUGGAACACUCGGAAGUCUUCGACGGCAGCGAGACCUCCAUGUCCGGCAACGGAGCCUACAUCCCCAACCAAGCCGACAUCGACCUCUACCUGGGCAACUACCCCGCGAUCGUUCUCCCCCCCGGCAGCGGCGGCGGGUGCGUGACCAGCGGGCCCUUUAAGAACUACACCGUCAACAUGGGACCCGCGGCCCUCUCCCUCCCCGGCGGCAACACCACCUCCGUCGCCAACCCCCUCGACUACAACCCCCGCUGCCUCAAACGCAGUCUCACCACCGCCAUCCUCCAACGCUACAACACCUACCCCAAGAUCGCCUCCCUGCUGACCGACAACACCGACAUCUGGGACUUUGAAAUGGCCAUGCAGGGUGUCCCGGGGAGCGGAUCCAUCGGUGUCCAUGGGGCGGGCCAUUACUCCAUGGGUGGGGAUCCCGGACGGGAUGUCUACGUGAGUCCGGGCGAUCCGGCCUUCUGGCAUCAUCAUGGUAUGAUUGAUCGCGUGUGGUGGAUUUGGCAGAAUAUGGAUCUGGAGGACCGCCAGAAUGCGAUUUCGGGCACGGGCACGUUUUUGAAUGAGCCGCCUUCGGCAAAUACCACGCUUGAUACGGUGAUUAAUAUCGGGUAUGCUAAUGGAAGGCCCCGGGCGAUGAACGAGUUGAUGAGUACUACGGCCGGGCCGUUGUGUUAUGCCUAUUUGUGAGGGAGAUUGCUUGGUAUGUAGUCUAGUAUAUAGUAGCUCUGUAAAUGAGAUGCGUGGGGGAUAUUAAUGUACUUAUUAUGAAGAUGUAGGAGAACUUGGGAUAUACGUGCGUGAGGUAGUUUUCGCAUCGCAAUAUCAGGAACCCAUCC